AGUCUGAAGUCACAUCCAAAAGUUCAGAAGUUCCUAAUCAAUAAGAAGCCUCUGGAGCAGGGGAAGCUCAUCUAACUAGGCAUUCUCAUGAUGUGGCUGUUUUUAACAACAACCUGUUUGGCUUGUGGAACGUUAAAUGCUGGUGGAUUCUUUAAUUUGGAAAAUGAAGUGAAUCCUGAAGUGUGGAUGAAUAUUAGUGAAAUCAUCACCUAUAAUGGCUACCCCAGUGAGGAGUAUGAAGUCACCACUCAAGAUGGGUACAUACUCAGUGUCAACAGAAUUCCCCAUGGGCGAAGAGAUGCUAAGAGCACAGGUCCCCGGCCAGUAGUGUAUAUGCAGCAUGCGCUGUUUGCAGACAACGCCUCCUGGCUUGAGAAUUAUGCCAAUGGCAGCCUUGGAUUUCUUCUAGCAGAUGCGGGUUACGACGUAUGGAUGGGAAACAGUCGAGGGAACACUUGGUCAAGAAGACACAAAACACUCUCAGCGUCUGAAGAAGAAUUCUGGGCCUUUAGUUUUGAUGAAAUGGCCAAGUAUGAUCUCCCAGGAAUAAUAGACUUCAUUGUAAACAAAACUGGUCAGGAGAAGUUGUAUUUCGUUGGACAUUCACUUGGCACUACGAUAGGGUUUGUAGCCUUUUCCACCAUGCCUGAACUGGCACAAAGAAUCAAAAUGAAUUUCGCCUUGGGUCCUGUGAUCUCAUUCAAAUAUCCCACAGGCAUUUUUACCAGUUUUUUUCUACUUCCAAAUUCCAUAAUCAAGGGUAUGUUUGGUACCAAAGGUUUGUUUUUAGAAGAUAAGACAGGGAAGGUACCUUCUACAAAAAUCUGCAACAAUAAAAUACUCUGGGUGAUAUGUAACGAGUUUAUGUCCUUAUGGGGUGGAUCCAACAAGAAAAAUAUGAAUGUGAGUCGAAUGGAUGUGUACAUGUCACAUGCUCCCACUGGAUCGUCAGUACAGAACAUCCUGCACAUAAAGCAGCUUUACAGAUCUGAUGAAUUCAGAGCUUAUGAUUGGGGAAGUGAAGCCAAGAACAUGCAUCACUACAAUCAGAGUCGUCCACCACUAUAUGACUUGACUGCCAUGAAAGUGCCUACUGCUAUUUGGGCUGGUGGACAUGAUGUCCUAGUAACAGUCCAGGAUGUGGCCAGGACACUUCUCCAAAUCAGGAAUCUUCGUUACUUCAAACUAUUGCCAGAUUGGAACCACUUUGAUUUCAUCUGGGGCCUCGACGCUGCUCAACGGGUAUAUAGUAAAAUUAUAGAUUUGAUGAAGGCAUAUCCCUAACUGCAAUACAUCUACUUUUCAGUUAAAAGUUGCUCUCAAGUCCUUAAGACACUUUGGGGAAAAUACUAAAGAGCAGUGAGGAUACUCCUGCAUCCUCUCCUCGUUGCUGUUGGUGUUGUUGAGGUGUUCCCUUGUCACAGCAUCCCGACUAGGAAUGAUUUCAACUGUGCUGCUCUUUUUCUAGGAAAUUUUCACAUCUGAAAUCUCAGGACCUCUUCCUCUCAAUCAGGGCUAGGGCCUCUUUUUCAUCCAAGGUAACCUAGUAAGGUCUUCUCUACUAAAUGUGCACUUGGAAGAGGAGUUAAAAGAGGCUUCUUUCUUUCCUAUUUCAAGUAC